GUCUGGAAGGCCAAAACGGACAAGGUCAGGCAAGGGCAGGCAAGGGCAGGCAAGGGCAGGCAAGGGCGGCGUCUUUGGGGUAUUUAAGGGCGCAUCCCGCCGAGUUACAACAAGAGUUCUCAACCACAAUCGAACAGCCAGUUCCAUUGAGCCUCUGCACACUCCGGGGAUCAUAAUCUUCAGCCAGCCGCCGCCAUGUACAAGUUUGCCGCUUUAGCUGCGCUCGUCGCGCUCGCCCAGGGUCAGGGCGCGGGCACGGAGACGCCCGAGACGCACCCCAAGAUGACCUGGCAGAAGUGCACUGGCGCUGGGUCAUGCACCGACGUCAGCGGUGAGGUCACAAUCGACUCGAACUGGCGCUGGGUCCACGUCAAGGAUGGCUACACCAACUGCUACGACGGCAACGAGUGGAACACCACCGCCUGCGCAGACGCCACGGCCUGUGCCGAGAACUGCGAGCUCGAAGGUGCCGACUACAGCAAGACCUACGGCGCCUCGGCCAGCGGCAACGCCCUGACGCUCAAGUUCGUGACCAAGCACGAGUACGGCACCAACAUCGGCUCGCGCUUCUACCUCAUGGAGAACGAGAGCAAGUACCAGAUGUUCACCCUCAUGAACAACGAGUUCGCCUUCGACGUCGACCUCUCCACGCUCGACUGCGGCCUGAACGGUGCUCUGUACUUCGUCGCCAUGGACGCGGACGGUGGAACUGGCAAGUACGCGUCCAACAAGGCUGGUGCCAAGUACGGUACCGGCUACUGCGAUGCCCAGUGUGCUCGUGACCUCAAGUUCGUUGGUGGCAAGGCCAACGUCGAGGGCUGGAAGCCGUCGAGCAAUGAUGAGAACGCCGGUGUUGGUCCUUAUGGCGCCUGCUGCGCCGAGAUGGACGUCUGGGAGUCCAACUCUCACUCGUUCGCCCUCACGCCCCAUCCGUGCGAGAACAACGCGUACCACGUCUGUGAGACGGACGGCUGCGGCGGCACCUACUCUGAGGACCGCUUCUCCGGCGAUUGCGACCCCAACGGUUGCGAUUACAACCCAUACAGGCAGGGCGUCAAGGACUUCUACGGAAAGGGCAAGACGCUCGACACGAGCAAGAAGUUCACCGUCGUGACCCAGUGGUCUCCCGGCAAGAUCGCCCAGUUCUUCGUCCAGGACGGAAAGAAGAUCACCUUCCCCAGCUCCACCUACGCCGACGGCGCCGAGCUGAACCAGGAGUGGUGCGACAAGGUCACCGAGGCCUUUGACGACAGACCUCGCUUCACCGAGGUCGGCGGCUUCGCGCAGAUGGACAAGGCGCACCAGUCCCCCAUGGUCCUCGUCAUGUCGCUCUGGGAUGACCACUACGCCAACAUGCUCUGGCUCGACGCUACCUACCCCCCUGAGAAGGCCGGCCAGCCAGGUGGAGACCGUGGAGACUGCUCCGCCGACUCCGGUGUCCCCAAGGAGGUCGAGAGCUCGCAAGCUGAUUCCCAAGUCGUCUACAGCAACAUCCGCUUCGGCCCCAUCGGCAGCACCGUCAAGGAAACCUAAAUGCCGAAACUGCCGAGCCAACGGCUGCCGCCGCC